GACAUUGACCUUGGUAACAUUAAGGCGAUAGAUAGUAGCAUACAUUAUAUGUAUCAGGUACAAAAUUAUAAGUUACAUUUUAAAAAAUUAUAAACAGAAAAAUCACUCUCACAGUUUUCAUUACCUUAGUACAUUGAGAAUGAUUGGAAUUGUCUUUUCAUAAAUCGAGGUAAGGAACUUCAAAAUGGUGGACUAAACCUUUCAUAUUUUUGUAAGACUUUUGCCAGUAAAAAUGACAACAGAGUUCUGUCUAUUGAAACUGAGAAUGAAAGAAAUUACCCAAAGAAAAAAAUUUGUCAUGAAAGAUAAAGAAAUUAUCUACAGAAAUUGAAGAGGGAUUUACAUGUUGAUGUAAAUUCAGUAUGCACAACAGAAAAUAAUAAGAAAAUAAUUUCUAGUCUUAUUGUUAGUGAAAAUUUUGAUCCUAUGACAUAUCCUACAAUGUUUCCUUAUGGUGAUCCUGGAUGCACUGUUAACCUUAACCAUACUCAAGUACCUAAUUCAUCAGGAUGAAACUUUCGUGUAUUUUAGAGCUACUAUUUAUAUUUCUUCUCAUCGCAUUUGCUGCUUAUGCCAGAGUAAUUGGAUUUAUAAACUUUUUUUAACAAUGGAGAAUAACGAACGAUUGUUGGAAAAAGAACAUUCCUACUCAAGGAAAAAGAAGAAACGAAAUGCAAAGAAAGUGGAAGCAACGAAGGUCAAGAUGGAAAUGAAAUAUCGGGAGGUGGAAAAAAAUCUCAAUCUUGAGAGAAAUGCCAGUAGUCAACUUCAGGAAAGAGAAUUAAAUAAUGACUAUGUUCAAGGAUUAGCAAUGCCUACCACACACGAAAUGUAUCAAAUUGUGCAAGAAGACAUAUUAAUAAAUGAGAAUAUAGACUGCGACAAUGACAUGGUGCAAAAAAUGUACGCAAUAAUGCUAGAGGGAAAAGACAAAGAAAAAGAUGCAGGUGAUACGGAUGGUAAAGAAGAUGAAGGUGAAGAGGACUCCAACGUCGAUUUCGAAGAUAGUGCCAGCGAAGAUUCCGCAGAUGAAUUUGAUGAAGAUCUUCCAAGUUAUGAAAAUUCAAGAUGGGAUAACGUUUUAAUGUUCCCACAGUCUAACUUAGUUGUAAAUGAGGUAUUGGAAAUGUUGUAUGGAUAUUUCAUCCAGUUCAGUUUAGGGGAAAAGGCUCGGUUAAAGUUAAUAGAAGUAAUAAAAAUUUUAGCAGGUCCCACUUUCAAAAAUCUGAAUGUCUCAAAUUAUAUUAUAAAUAAAAACAUCGAUCCUCCGGAGGAUAAAAUAAUUUACCAUUAUUACUGUAACAAUUGUGAAAAAGAGAUUCUAUUUUCGUCGGUAAAAUCCGGAAUUAAGAAACAUAAAAGAACAUGUACUAAAUGUGAAACUAGCGCUGAAAUUGGUCUUACUAAUCCAAGCUACUUUUUGUCAUUAAAUUUUGAGUAUCAAUUGCAACUGCUUAUGCAGAAUAAAGAUGUAUCGAAAUAUUUAUGGCAAAAAGUAACUAGUAAUAUUGAAGAUAGAGGGAAUACAUCGAAUAUAACAGACAUUCAGAGUUCAGGAUUGUAUAGACGCACUGCGGAAAAGUUUCCUACAACAAUUACUUACAAUUUAAGUACAGACGGUGCGCCUUUGAGUAGUAGCAAAGUUUCCCCUCGUAGUUUUUGGCCUCUAACUGUAAUUAUUAAUGACCUACCUCCAGAAAUUCGAUUUAAAUACGUAAUACUUGUGGGAAUAAUGGUGGUAUCAAAAGAACCGAGACCAGACCUAAUGAACUUGUUUAUCGAUCAAUUUAAAGAGCAAGCUCGUGUAUUACACGAGAAGGGUAUGAAAUUCAAGUUCAAAAUAGAUGAUAUUGAGAGAACAAUAACUUUUACAUUAUUGUGCAUCAUUGCUGACUCGGUAGCUCGCGCAGUUCUUCAGUGCAGAAUGCAAUUUAAUUCAUACUGCAGUUGUAGCUACUGUUACAUCAUAGGCUUAUUUUGUAAAAGCGUCAAGUUUCCUUUUGUUGGGAGUUGUUGUGCAUUAAGAACGCAUGAUUCGCACAUGAAUGAUGUGAAACUGGCGGAAAAAGAAGGCAAAGUUGUCAAUGGCGUAAAAGGGAGAUCGUCGUUUUGUAACUUCCCGAACGUUGACAUGGUUUUAAGUUUUUCCUUGGACUUUAUGCAUAAUGGUGUGUUAGGAAUUACCGAACAAAUGUGGGAUUUGAUGCGAUCAAAAUUAACUAAAGCCCAACGAGCUGACGUGGAUUCACUGUUAACAAAAAUUCAGCCACCUCAUGAGGUGCAUAGAAUUCCUGGGAAAUUGUGUAAAACAAGUUUAUGGAAAGCUACACAUUGGAAAGCUUAUAUGCUCUAUUAUAGCAUUCCUGUUCUGCGCGAAGUGUUGCCAACUACUUUGUUGCCUAUUUUGGAGCAUUAGGC